UUAGUCACAUGACACGGUCAGGAAGAAGUUCAGACCGAGUGGAACUUGUCAUACAGCUUUUUAGUUUUUCUGAGACCUUGUUUACCAUCCAUAUUCCUUGGUGGGCGUAAGAAGGACAUAUACAGAAACAUUUGCUGCCCUCUGAUAUGGUUCAUGUCGUAGCCAAAGCAUACUGCAGUGUUAAUGGCUGAACUAUGAAGGCACAACUUCAAGUCACCGUUCUGUCGGCCAAACUGAAGGAGAACAAAAAGAACUGGUUUGGCCCCAGUCCGUACGUGGAGGUGGCUGUGGACAACCAGUCGAAGAAGACGGAGAAGUGCAACAACACCCACACCCCCAAAUGGAAGCAGUCACUCACAGUAAUUGUCACACCUUUCAGUAAGCUCAUUUUCCGGGUAUGGAGUCAUCAGACGCUGAAGGCCGACUUCCUAUUGGGCGUGGCCACAUUGGACAUCAGUGAAACCCUCAAGUCCAAUGAUAUGAAACUCUCUGAGGUGGUGCAGAUCCUACAGCUGUGUUCAGACCAGGACAACACAGACGUGGUGGGGGACCUGUCCAUCUGUCUGGACGGCGUGCAGGUGGACCCAGAGACCUUUGCCUCUGCAGAGAGAGACCAUGCAGCUACUGCUCCCAACAGGGACGUGAGACAGAACGAAGAUGGAGGCAACAGGUCCAGCAGAGACACGUCCCCUUCCAGUGACUCUACAGAGGACUGGGUGAUCAUCCCCAAUGGCCACGCGAUAGACUGCACGGGGUCUCCCGCCCCAUCCCCAGGGGGCUCCAAGUCCACACGCCCCCCCAGACCUGCUCGUCCUCCUCCACCCACCCCUCGCAGACCAGCCGCCUCCCCAGCGUCCUCUAGCAGCUCCACUCCCAGCGACGUGAGCGAGCCCCCGGCUUCAGACGGCUCCUCCUCAGACCCCCCUCAGGAGAACGGCGCAGAACCCCCACCCCCACAGGCAGCCAGCACCAGCGGACCGGAAGCCAUUGGGGCACCCCCAGCCGGCGGGCACCCCCAACUCGGCCCUGUCAGCAACGGCCCACUGUCACCGGGCUGGGAGCAGAGGGUGGACCAGAAUGGCCGCAUGUAUUACGUGGAUCACAUUGAAAAGAGGACGUCAUGGAACCGACCCGAUUCUCUCCCCUCUGGGUGGGAGCGGCGAGUGGACCCAAUGGGCAGGGUGUACUUUGUGGACCACAUCAGCCGGACCACCACGUGGCAGCGCCCUACGCAGGAGUCGGUGCGUAACUUUGAGGAGUGGCAGCACCAGCGCAGCCAGCUGCAGGGGGCCAUGCAGCAGUUCAACCAGAGGUUCAUAUUUGGGCUCCAGGAUCAGCAAAUAGCCGCAGCAAACAAAGAGUUUGACCCGCUUGGGCCGCUGCCACACGGCUGGGAGAAGCGAACAGACACCAACGGCAGGGUAUAUUUUGUUCACCACACAUCGCGGAUGACCCAGUGGGAGGACCCACGGACGCAAGGGCUGCUUAAUGACAAGCCUCUACCUGAAGGCUGGGAGAUGAGGUUCACUGUGGACGGCAUCCCCUACUUUGUAGACCACAACAGGAGAGCCACCACCUACAUCGACCCUCGCACGGGCAAAUCCUCCCUUGAGAACGGGCCUCAGAUCACCUACGUCAGGGACUUCAAAGCCAAAGUGCAGUACUUCAGGUUCUGGUGUCAGCAACUGUCAAUGCCACAGCACAUCAAGAUCACCGUCACCCGCAAAACCCUCUUUGAGGAUUCAUUCCAGCAAAUAAUGAGCUUUCAUCCACAAGAUCUCAGACGGAGGCUGUGGAUCAUCUUCCCCGGAGAGGAAGGCUUGGACUACGGAGGAGUGGCAAGGGAGUGGUUCUUCCUGCUGUCUCAUGAGGUGCUGAACCCCAUGUACUGCCUGUUUGAGUACGCUGGGAAGGAUAACUACUGUCUCCAGAUCAACCCUGCCUCUUACAUCAACCCCGACCACCUCAAGUACUUCAAGUUCAUCGGACGCUUCAUCGCCAUGUCCUUGUUCCACGGGAAGUUCAUCGAUACGGGAUUCUCCCUGCCCUUCUACAAGCGCAUCCUGAACAAGCCCCUGGCCCUAAAGGACCUAGAAUCCAUUGACACGGAAUUCUACAACUCCCUCAUCUGGAUCAAGGAUAACAACCUGGAGGAGUGUGGUCUGGAGAUGUUCUUCUCUGUGGACAAGGAGAUCCUGGGGGAGGUUACUACUCACGAGCUGAAGCCGGACGGAGGCAACGUACUGGUCACUGAGGAGAACAAAGAGGAAUACAUCAGGCUGGUGGCAGAGUGGAGGUUGUCCAGAGGUGUGGAGGAGCAGACCCAGGCCUUCUUCGAGGGCUUCAACGAGGUCCUCCCCCAGCAGUACCUGCAGUACUUUGACGCUAAGGAACUGGAGGUGAUGCUGUGUGGCAUGCAGGAGAUAGACCUGGUGGACUGGCAGAGGCACACCAUCUACAGACACUAUGCUCGCAGCAGCAAGCAGAUCCUCUGGUUCUGGCAGUUUGUGAAGGAGAUGGACAACGAGAAACGCAUGAGGCUGCUCCAGUUUGUCACUGGCACCUGUCGGCUCCCCAUGGGUGGCUUCGCUGACCUCAUGGGGAGUAAUGGACCACAGAAGUUCUGCAUCGAGAAGGUGGGCAAAGAAAACUGGCUUCCAAGAAGUCACACUUGCUUUAAUCGACUGGACCUGCCACCCUACAAGAGCUACGAGCAACUGAAGGAGAAGCUGAUGUUUGCCAUCGAGGAAACUGAGGGCUUCGGACAGGAGUAGUAACACACGGCAGCCAAAAUGGCCACCAUGAGGAGCCAUUCUCCACGCACUUUGAUCUGUCUAGUUUUCAGGCAGCUGCACUUUUUCCCCCAGGUCCUGGCUCUCUUGAGAUGGGCAGACACUAACAGACGCAUCCCUUUCUGCCAUUCCGGAGCCACGUUACAGACCCCCAAAGCCAUUACACCUGAGGUGGAAUCACUGUCUCCAUGGUGACGACCCUUCAUACUGAAUAAUUCAACUUUCACCCCCUGACCUGUGUAACCCUGUUGACGCUUGCCUUAUUCUGCCUAAUCAGACCACGUGUCCGGGAAGAGAGAGAGGAAGGGGGAGGGGAUGUUCCCUCUCCAUGUCACGUCUGCCUGUCACCUCUUCACCACAGUAGUUAAUAAUCACUGCAAUGUCAGCUGUUUCAUUUCUUCCCCUUCGUCUCCCUGAGCACAGACUGUUGAAUGAAUGCUAGGAUUGUGUGCUGCCGACUCUUCCAAAAAGUCCCCUUGUCGAUUUGUGACAUUUAGAGUGUUUUACUUGAUUUAACAUGUUGCUUUCCGGAUGAAAUAUUGAAUGUUAAGGCAUUUACUUGGCUGGUACACCACGGCUGUGGUGGUAAGGUUUUUGUGAAUGUUAUGAUGAAAAGCUUUAUUUUUGGCGUGCAAUAGUUUUACAGUCAGAUGUUUAUGCCCUUUAUAUAGAUAGACCAGACAUUCAUUAAUUACCUCAAUCCAAAGUUUUUGUUUMUAAAGUCAGUUGUAAUCAAGUCUACGUAUUGAUUUCAACCCUCAAUAUUGAGAAUGCUUUUUAUUUAAUUUUUUUAUAGCCUGAAAUUGUUGUAGCAAAUCAGGGUCGUAAUUCAUUUGUCACCUAAUGGAAGAACAUUGAUCUCUUUUUAUUUUUUACUUUGAAUGUUUUUGUGUCUUCUGACCAUGACCCUGGUUUGUUGUGUGAUCUGACCCCUUCGUUUUCUAACCAACCGGCAUUAGGACCGUACUUGUCUACAAUAAUAGCAUUGUUUUCAUUUGUAAGGCAAACUGAAUGAGUUACUAAUGACGUGGGAGUGUCAGCAGUGUGUCAAAAGUUAAAGAUAAGGAAAGAGUAAAUUUAGGAAUUAGGUACAGUAAUUAAGAAAUAAGACAACUGCUUGUGAAAAUCACUCCCACUGAAAGGUUAACCUUUUUUGUCGUAUAGAGGAUUAUCAUCAACUCCAAGAUCAAAUGAUUAAGGACCAGUUUAAAUCAUAUCUGCGCUAGUUGACACCCGCAUAGCUGUUGUUUUGGUGGUGUCUGAGGUGGAACUGUGUUGGAGCUGUCAUCCACAAGCGGCUGAAUGUGUUUUACCUGAAGCAGACAUUGCCAUUGGAUGCACUGAGUGAGGGUGGUAUGAUCCUCGUGCCAGUCGUGCCGGUUGGGCUUUUCAUGCACGACAGUGUCUAGGGUUUACAUAGAAUGGUGCGAUAAAGAACAUUAAGUCAGCGGCAGUCCUGUGGGCGAAACGGCUCGUUAAUAAGAGGCCGAAGGAGAAUGGCAAGAUUUGUGCAAGCUAACAGGCAAAUAACGGCGCAGAACGGCAUCUCGGAACGCGCAACUU